CCUGGAGGAAGAACUGUGAGGGGAGAGACUUAGUCAGGCAAGGCCUCCUUCCACCAGUCUUGCUUCACCCGCUAGUCUCUGCUUCUCAAUUUGUAUUGUAUUAUUUGUAUUGUAUUGUAUUAUUGUAUUAUUUUAUGUACUGUGGCUUGCCAUUGUUUUAUUGAUUAUCGUUUCGAAAUUAUUUAUUGUAACAGUUAAGUGGAUUUCUGUUUAACUGUUAUAUGUUGAUAUUAUUAUUAUUUUAUACUAUCCUAAUGAUUGUUGAAUGUUACUUUUGAGGUGUAGGUUGCUUAUUUUAAAGUUAUGUUUUGCGUUGUUUUCAUGAUGUUAGCCACUCUGGAUACAAAUAAAAUAAUAAUAAUAAUAAUAAUAAUAAUAAUAAUUCCUUCUCUGCAGCUCAGUUAACAACUCAAGAAGUAAUGAAAGGCUGCGUAUCGUCUCACAUCUGCGGACUUGAAUCAUUUUAUCUGAAUUUGGGCAAGAUGAUUACUGCCAGAGGAAUGGCUGUCUGCUGUAAGGGGGACGACUGUGCAUCUGUUUCUCCUCAAGGUAGGUAUAGUUUUGCUCCCAUCCUCUUUUCCUGCGCUGUGCUCCAGAGGCCAGGUUGUGCCAUGGUGUGUGUGUGUGUGUGUGUGUGUGAACAUAGGAACAUAAAAAUGUUUCCCAAUACCUCAAGGACCACCUGUCCCCAUUUGAACUGAUCAUCCACGAGAGAUGGCCACCCAACCUCUGCUUGAAAACCUCCAAAGGAGAGGCCAAACCUCAUUGAAUGUUUUUGCCUGGUCAGAAUGUGAAUUGUGAUGACAUCUCUCACUUGCCAAGAUAGAGAAACUAGCCUACUGUAUGAAAGUAAGGCUUAGCAUUCAUUGCUCCACGCACUUCUCCUUCAGGCCCCAUCUACGACUGGCAUGUGCACCCCAGGUGAGAACGUGGUCCUUGGGCUGGAAAAUAGUCCCUGCCCCCAGUAUAUUUGCUUUUCUGACAGUGUCUCUGAUUUUUUUCCAACCCCAAUAGUGCCACCAAUCAGCAGUAAAGCCAAUGGGAAAAAAUGUCCAGCCUGCUUUUCUCUAUAUCCCCCGUGCUCUACAGAGGAGGCAGAAUGUACAGGAGAUGAGGACUACUGUCUGGAUGCAACCAUCAAAUCUGGUAAUUCUGAUAAGAUCUGCUAUGCUGAUAUUGCUGAUUAUGAGCAGGGAUUGGUCUUGCUGGCAAUCAGUCACAGGGGUUCAUUCCAUCCUGCUCUGUUCAUCUGCUUGCAUUUUUUUAACCCAUUUCAUGUUUACUUUUUACAUGAAAUGUGCACAUUUGAUGUAACUCUUCAGGGUUGUAGCCAAUACAGUGGUACCUUGGGUUACAAACACUUUGGGUUACAAACUCCGCUAACCCCAAAGUAGUUGCUCCAGGUUGCGAACUUUGCUCCAGGAUGAGCCAUUGAAACGAAUGGGCAUGGCUAACUUAGUUCUGUUAAUUUCAGUGGGUCUACUCUGAGUAGAAUCCACUUGGAAACAACACAUGCUUUUCAAUGAACUCACCAGCAAGAAGCACAUUUUGUAUGUGUUGUAAAUGCCAUUCAAAGUCCAGAGAAAUGCAUAAAAACUGUCUGGGAGAUGUGUUCUAAUAAUAAUAAUAAAAUGUUGAGGAGCAUCAGGUUGGCCUGACCCCUUGUGAGAAAUGAACUGAAUGAAUUCCUAAUUGUGAGAACUUUCCCUUUUCCUGGUUUGUGGGUUUAAUCUGUAGCCUCUGCUUUCCAUCUCCAGGUGUGAAUGAAAUCACCGUGAAAGGUUGCACUACCAAGUCUUUCUGUGCAGUUGUGCAAGAAAUGAUUGGAACGCCCUUCCAUACUUCUGAAACACUAAAUGCUCAAUGCAAACCAGCCAAUAAGGCUCCAUCAUCGAGAUUUCCCCUUCUGGCCCUGUUGGGGCUUCUGGCAGUGAAGAUCGUCCUCUAAUGAACCCCCUCCUGUUAUUCAGCAUCAUGG